UAAAAAUUACGAUUUUAGCCAAUCACAUUGUCCCAGGUCACACACAGCAAAUGUACAGGAAGGAAAGAUGGCAGCCAGAAAUGGGAAAAAUGGUCUACUUGAGAAAUGGAGGAUUGAUGAGAAACCUGUGAAGAUUGACAAAUGGGAUGGUGCAGCUGUCAAGAAUUCUCUUGAUGAUGCAGCAAAGAAGGUCCUCUUGGAGAAGUAUGGUUAUGCAGAGAACUUCAAUCUCGUAGAUGGACGUCUCCUUAUUUGCACAAUCUCCUGCCUCUUCGCCAUCGUAGCUUUAAUUUGGGACUUCCUUUAUCCAUUCCCCGAGUCCAAGCCAGUCCUGGCAAUCUGUGUCAUAUCUUAUUUCAUAAUGAUGGGCAUUCUAACCUUAUAUACCUCCUACCAAGAAAAGAACAUCUUCCUUGUUUCUGUCCAGAAGGACCCCGCUGGCAUGGACCCUGACCACACUUGGCAGCUUUCAUCUAGUCUGAAAAGGUUUGAUGACCAGUACACACUAAGAGUGUCCUUCUCAGAUGGGAAGUCGAAACACACGCGGGUGCAAGAGAUCACGAAGUCUGUGGGGGCUUUCUUUGACGGGAACGGAACACUGGUCAUGGACCAGUUUGAAAAGUGUGUGUCAAAACUCCAUGAUACCUUGGCCACUGAAAAGAAGACAAAAUAAUAAUGAUCAGACAUAGCCUUCUUUACAAUGCUGCACCACACUGGCAGAAACUGCAGUAGAGCACACUGGUAUUGUACGGUCCUGGGUGCAUUUGAAUUAGUUAUUGGUUGUUAUAAAAGUCUGCACGCCAGCAUUUGUUGUCCAUUAUUUAAUUUGUCCAAUAAAUUUUGACUGUUGUGCAUACAUUUUUUUUCUUCCUAUGUUUACCUUGAUACAAGUCUCAUCUAGACAUUGAUUUUAAGAACCCCUAAGACAACUCAAAACAAAGAUUAAUAAAAUAUUUCUUGCACCACUCAAGUUAUCUUCACCAUUGAAUGGUCGUUCUAAAAAUGAAGAGAUUAGUCCUUUUAUUUUAUUGUUUAACUUCUCUUCCCCACAUUUUAUGCUGCCUUACAUAAUGUGUGCAGUGAAUGACCAGAUCAUUGUUGGAAAUGAUGUAAAAUACGUAUAGUUUUUGUCCUGAAAGCCUUAUUCAAUGUAACUAGUGUAUUUUAAAAGCUUUGCAAUUCUACAUGUAUUUUUCUGUUUAUGGAUUUUGUUACUACAGUAUGUAGUUACCAUAAGGCUUUAAAGGGCAAAAGUAGUGUCAGCACCAUUCCUCUCUUCAGUACAUGGUUUGUUGGAAGUGUUUCUUUCAAGUUUUGGUGAAACUGCCAAGUCCUUCUGCGAUAUUACAGCAACAAAUAUGUUACUUUGAAAAAAUGUUUUCCCCCUCCAGAUAUUGAACAUCAUUGCACGCAGAGAAGAACCGCAGAGUAUGUACUGCGAUUUUAUUUGUAUAUAACAGCGCCACUGGUAUAUAUAUGAUCGGUGGCGCUGUUUCACCUUUCGCGGCUCUCAGCUUUAAAGCAGUGGUAAUUGUUUUGAUGUACAUGUUUUGUCAACGAUUUGGAAAUUAAAUAGUAGUGAUUAGUUGUCCUCACGUAGGAGUGCAUGACCAUUGGUUUUCAAUUUCCAGUCUCACAGAAUAUUGAAUACACAAGCACAUUUUUUUUGGACUUAUAUUGGUAAAGUCCUGGAUUCAGUUUAUUUCUCUGUAGUAUGACUUUAAAAGUGAGUGGUACAGAGACAUUGCCGUUUUUGUCCGUAGAUUUUUGGCUUUAGCAACCUUAUUGUACGUUCCUGUUCUUCAUAUAAGUUUAAAAUGAAGUUAGAAAUCAUUUUUACAUUGUCUACUUAUUUGGUAUGUGUCUCAAUGAAUAGAAGUGCUGAUCUGGGCCUGUGUCCACACAGUGUCUCAGAGUAGAAAAGUUGUCCUAAAUGCUGGAAAUAGAGAUAUUUUACUCCUUCUCUUAUGUGUAUGCAUGAAGCCUCAUAAAUCGAGUCCCACCUUGUCGACAGAUAUAUAUGAGACCUCAUGAGCUGUCAUAAACAGUUAAGAGUUACCAGCUGGUGUCUUGAUAUAGAAAAAUGCACAGAAAGGCAAUUGCUUUGGUGUUGUUGAAAUAAUGUUUUGAUAUUUCUGUAUGAUCAACCCAUCUUGACCCACAUGCAACAGUAUGCUUUUGACAAUGAUUUCACCUGAGGCCUAAUUUAGGAGAGACCGGGACAUGUCACACUUUUCGCUUAAGUGUAGAUUUCUCAGCAUUGGUAUAUCUAUUAAGACCAAUCUAAAUAUUGCCCCAAAAAUUGCACGUUUUUUCAAAACGUAUUGCAAAAUUAAGUUAUUACUGAUAAACACUGAGCAGUUGUGACAUCCUGCAACUUUUUUAUGUUGCCAAAAUGGUCUAUUGCUCUGUCAUACAGUACGUUUUUAGUUUGUGUUGUCAUAAUCUACCCAGCUAAAAUGCUUGCUAGCUAGAAAAACAUCCUUGCUUGGGCAACAAUGGACCAGCUAAGUUUGCUAGCUACACUGAACCAAAAUAUAAACGCAACAUGUAAAGUGCUGGUCCAAUGUUUCAUGAGCUGAAAUAAAAGAUUCCAGAAAUGUUC